UUCUUGUGCGUUUUCAGCUCUGAAAAUUUUUUCAGGCCAGGGUUUGGCUCUUCAAUACCAAUGAUGGCUUUUUCACCGUGCUUGAAAGUUGAGUUAAUGCAAGUUACCAAAGCAUUGGCUGUCACGAUGAGGAGUGUAAGUUUUGUACCACUUUUGGCGGUGCUUCUGGCUUACAACUUCUUCAUUGGUCCAUGUAACGCCUCGGAGGAGCCUGAAACAAGUUCAUCGGGAGCCAUGAGUCUGAUGCUUAUGCCGAGGGAAAGAGUCUGUUUUCACGACUUCAUGAAAGAGGGAGAAAAAAUGAGAGCCUCCUACGAAGUAUUGAGAGGGGGCGCUCAGUUGGAUAUCAACUUCCAAAUAAUGGACGAAUCGGAUGCUAUUAUAGUCUCUGAUUCAAAGAAAUCAAGCAGUCGGUUUUACUUCACCCCUCAGAAAUCGGGAGAUUUUAAAAUAUGUCUGGACAAUUCCUUUAGUACUUUCUCGAGUAAAGUGGUGUAUUUUGAUUACUACAGCACCGAGCAAAUGGAGAGAUUGACGAAGCAUGAAAGAAACAAAAAUCCGAAGGAGCAGCUGAAGAAAAUAACAGUCGCAGAGGAGGAAUUGAAAGAUUUAGAUGUACAGGUCGAGCAAAUGGACAGUGCCUUACUGCAUAUUAAGAAGAACUUGAGAGGGUCCGCAUACAACCAGGGACAGUUCAGAAAUCUGGAGUACAGAGAUCGCAAAUUGGCCGAGAGAACUUACGAUCUGGUUAACCGAGCUUCUCUUUUCAGCGUGCUAGCUAUUUUGUGCACUGGAAUUUGUCAGGUGAUGAUGAUUCGCAUCCUAUUCUCCAGCAAAGGGUCUCCCUCCAAGGGCUUCAAAUUUGGACUGUAAACAGAACCCGAAAGCUUUGAAAUCGCAAACUAUUUGAACCAAUUUUUUCAAUCCCAACCUAAAGUUAUGACAAAUGUUGGUAAAUUAUUGACAAAGGUGGUAAAUCUAAGGUUGAGAAUUUUGCUCACUCAAUUGAAAAAUCGCCCCCUGGAACUUACGGGGUUUCGAUUUAAUGAGUUUCGUGCAGGCUAAUAGAAUUAUUAGUAUCAAUUAUUGAAACUUUAAUCAUUUUGGUGCUUAAAUAUAUGCAGGAUCACUUAUGUUUGCCUCCUACUUAGCCAGAUUUUUUGCAAAUAAGGAAAAUAAUUUUGUACAAAUUGGAGUUAAAGCAAAGUUUUCGAAGAAAUAUUUUGUAAAAAAAAAAUAAAAACUCACUUGGAUGAAUUUUCAUCCGGGUUUCAAAUUAUGUAGAGCCUGAAAUUAUAAUGUUCUCGUUAUGAAUAUUAGAAAAUUGAGAAAUAGUGGUAAGUUAACCAAAUGCGGGCCUAAAAUCAGAAGUAACCAGUUGACAUUGAGGUUAGCGAUCUUAUAAAUGCAAUUCAUUCAGUUUAACGAACAGAAAUCGAAAGCUGUUUUUAUUACUUAAAUCAAUACACCUAUUUUUCCGCAUUAUGUUUUGCUUCAGCCUCACAGUUGCUCCGAUAGUAUUAAUUGGCGAGUAGUGACUCUUUGAUUUUAUUGCUCAAAAUUGCUGUGUAAAAAUAUCAAAAAAGGCUGUUUCCUCUUUGAAAAUCUGAAGGCGG